AUGGUGUGGGUCCAAAGUGGGGCUCAACUUGGAGAGCUCUUCUACGCGAUCGCGAGGCUGAGCACCCACCUUGCGUUCCCGGCGAGACUCUGCCCCACGGUGGGAGUCGGAGGCCACUUCAGCGGCGGGUUCGGAACUCUAGUCAGAAAGUACAGUCUGGCCGCAGAUAAUGUGAUCGAUGAUUACCUCAUGGAUUCUCGCAGCAGGAUUCUGAACAGAAAGGCCAUGGGAGGAGAGGUUUUCUGGGCGAUUAGAGGCGGCGGAGCGGGAAGCUUUGGGAUCGUGUUGUCGCUCCGUUAA